UACGUUCUCAUUUUGUGCCUUUCUCUUCUUUUCACAUUUAUUGUCUUUGACCUUUUUACACACUCUGACACUCUCUAGCUCGCUCUCUCUACUUUUCCACGCUUCUUUUCCUUAUUUUCUUCUCUUCUGUUCUCCGCUACUUAUGGCGAAUUUCACCUCUUCUUCUCCCUUACCUCUAACUCUAACUAUGUCACACAUUUCAACUCCGUCAUCUUCUGCGGCUUUCGACGACAGUUCCGAGGAUGCCUGCAGCAUAUGUCUAGAGCCAUUCAGCACCCAUGACCCUGCCACCAUUACCAGUUGCAAACAUGAAUAUCAUCUGCACUGUAUUCUUGAAUGGUCGCAGAGAAGCAAAGAAUGCCCAAUAUGUUGGCAGUUACUUAUCUUGAAAGACCCUGCCAGCCAAGAGCUUCUAAAUGCAGUGGAAGCUGAAAAACGCUUAAGUUCAAGAACUGUAUAUUCACAUGCAUUCACUGAUUCUCGUAGUCCCCUUCAUCGGCUUAACAAUGACCAAGAUGAUUCUGAUUUUGAUGAACAACUUACGCAGCACCUAGUUUCUGCUGCAAGUAGAGCUCGUUAUAUCUGCAGAGGGGAAAGGCAGAGAUCCCCUGGAGCAGGUCCUUCAGAGGUUCUUGUUUUUAACUCUUCUAUGCAUGCGUCAGGGAUGCAAUCAACACUUACAACUUCACCAUCUUCUGGUGUGCCUUCAACAUCUGCUUUUUCCUCUGUUGGCAUGGUUACAACAAAUACUUCUUCUGAGAGUGACAUGCCUUGCAAACCCAGAGUUAUUUAUAGCCAGCCAUCACCGGAGAAUGCAAGGAGACUAAACACUUCUGAGAUAUUCUCCUUCCCUGAGUCCUUCAAAUCCAAACUUUCUGCUGCUUCAGCCAGAUGUAAGGAAUCAAUUUCAAAAAAUACUCGUGGUCUUAAAGAGAAGUUGAUUGCACGUAAUGCCUCAGUGAAAGAGCUGAGUAAAGGUGUUCAGCGUGAGAUGAAUGCAGGCAUUGCUGGUGUUGCAAGGAUGGUUGAACGCCUUGAUCUCACCUCGAAACGGUCCUCGUCUCCUCUCAUUCCUGUAAAAGGGAAGUCUGUCCAAGAGAAUGGUGUUGAGCAGUUUCCUAAUAAAGAGGAGAGUGGAGUUUUGGUUGCUGAUGUUACAUCUAAUGCUGCCUCACUCGAUUCUAGCUUGGUUGCUGUUGGAGUAGAAAUUCCUCCUUCAUGUGUUCAGAGUGGACAUGAUGCUGUGAUGACUUAGCUCGGAUGGUGUUGUCUCACUAAUUAAGGAAGAGGCCUGCAAUGCAAGAGACGACUUGAUAAUAACCAACGUGGCUGUUGGUAUGCGUCCUGCAUUUGGUCAAAUAAGUUGUAGAAAUUCUAAGUAGUUUACUGAGCCAGCCUUUCUUCUUCUGCUUUGUUCUUUACAUGUUUGUCGCUAUACAUUUUAAUGAUAUAAUAUAGAUGCUCUCUGUUUUCAUUUGAUUCCA